GUUUCUUCUAAAACAAUUUCUAAAGCUCGAGCUUAUUGUAAUAUUAACAGUCCAGAAAGUUUAAUGCAUAACAAAUCUACAAUUACAAGAGUUCACAUUAGUCCUGAUCCAACUAGGUUGUUAAUAUUAGAGAUCAAAAGAGAACUUAAACAAAGAGGUUUGAGUUAUAAUGCUGACAAGAAUAAAACUAACUUGAUUAGCUUAUUAAAAGAGAAUAUUCAACAAAAAACAUCAAAUAUGAUAAAGGAAACUGUAAAAGAAAUAUUGAAAAGCUUCUUUCAUACUAAUGAUGAGAAUAAAAGCGAGAGAUAUACCUCAAAAGAAAUGCUUCAAGAUCUGCAACAAAGAGAACAAAUAGAAAAGUUAGAGACUGAAGAGAUUCCAAAUCUUAAAAUGAUUGAGAACUGA